AUAGACAAACAAAAAGACGAAAACCCUACCUUGCAAAUUACAGAGCAUUCUGAAAUUUUCAUGGGUGUUCACGGUUGAAGCUUUCGUAACUCAUCAAUGACCUCGGUUAAAACAAUACCCAAAACUAUACAUACAAAUUCUUGCACCCAAAAUAAUCUUCUUUCUUGCUAUUCACGUUUCAUUGUUGCCUGUUAGCACCCACCCACCAUGCGAUCCAUUUGGGGUUCAAAAUUGAAGCUGGCCUUUGCUGCCACCGCCGUUGGCGGCGGCGUUGGUGCCGCUAAAAUUGCAAACUCCGACGACCCUGCCACCGCCCUCAAGCUCUGUACCACCGUCCCUGUUCGCCUCUUUCGCCUCUCGGUCACCGCUGCUGCUAUUGCUUUUGAUUACGAGUAUUCACUAAUGGGAUUGCCGGAAGAUAGUGACGAGAGGGCAAAAGUUGAGCAUGAAGUUCACACCAGAAGUGCACGUAGGCUUGAAGACCUAUGUUUCAAAAACGGUGGAAUUUAUAUCAAGCUUGGUCAACAUGUCGGUCAACUGGACUACUUGGUACCACUAGAAUACGCAAAAACAAUGAGGGAGUCAAUGUUGAAUAGAUGCCCAACUUCUACAUAUCAUCAAGUGUGUCAUGUUGUGAAGAAAGAGCUCGGUGGGACCCCCGAAGAGAUAUUUGAUGAGUUUGAUCCUGUUCCAAUUGCAAGUGCCUCACUUGCACAAGUUCAUGUUGCUCGUACUCACGAGGGACAAAAAGUUGCUGUGAAGGUACAACAUACACACAUGACAGAUACUGCAGCUGCUGAUUUUGCCACUGUGGAAUUCAUUGUGAACACUUUGCACCGUUUCUUCCCGUCUUUUGAUUACAGGUGGUUAGUAGAUGAAGUACGAGAAACAUCACCGAAGGAGCUCGAUUUCUUGAUUGAAGCCGGCAACAAUGUAAAAUGUAUGGAUAACUUUAGAAGGUUAUCUCCUCAUAUCGCAGACUACGUGUACGCCCCUACAAUAUAUUGGAGUCUAAGUACUUCAAAAUUAUUGACCAUGGAGUUUAUAGAAGGUCCGCAAGUCAAUGAUUUAAAGGGCAUAAAAAAACUUGGAAUUCGACCACAUGACAUUUCAAAAUUAGUUAGUCAAACUUUUGCUGAAAUGAUGUUCAAACAUGGAUUUGUGCACUGUGAUCCACAUGCUGCUAAUUUGUUAGUUCGUGUUUUGCCUUCAGAUAGAAGUAGCUUUUUUGGAAAACGUAAGCCACAAUUGGUACUCCUUGACCAUGGUCUCUACAAAGAACUUGACACUUACACGAGGACCAACUAUGCUGCACUCUGGAAGGCUUUAGUAUUGGCUGAUGUGAAAGGAAUUAAGGAAAAUUGCAUGAAAUUUGGUGCCGGAGAAGAUUUGUAUACGUUUUUUACAAGCAUUCUUACUAUGAAACCAUGGGAGAGAGUUAUUGAUCCGGCUGUUGAUCAUUUGGCCAUAAACGAUCAAUCAGAUCUUCAGAUAUACGGUCCUGAAUAUUUUUCUCAAGUCACAGAGCUUCUGCGUAGACUACCCCGUGUCAUACUUUUAAUGAUGAAAACAAACGAUUGCUUACGUUCGGUCAACAACGCAUUGUUGCAAAGGCCUUCUCUGGAGUCGUUCUUGAUUAUCGGUAGAGUUUCAUCUGAGGCAGUUAUCGAGGAGAAACAGUUACAUGCCAAAACAUUAUUUAGCCGGAUAAGUGUAUGGUUUGAAGAGAUCUCAUUAGAAGCUCGGUUUAUCUUAAUGCGAAUGGCCUUGUGGGCCCUACAAUUCAAGAAAUCUUUGAGCUUGUGAAGGCAUACUUAUACACCUAGACCAAGAUAAAAGCAUCUUUUACUAUUGCAAAUAACUGAGGUUUUGUUCUUUAAUUCCUGCUAUUUUUGGGAGACGGUAGGAUUUUUUCGGCAGAUUAGUACAUAAAAUGAGAUCUUACUACUUGUACUUUUUGGACAUAAUUGAAGGGGAAAACCCCAUUAUUUGAGACACAUAUUGAUCUC